AUGAAUUUGACAAAAGAUCUAUUCUCACUUUACACUGAAAGCAAAGUCAUCUUUGAUGGGCAGGCUUCCCAAAUCCCCUCUUCGCAACUCAAGCUCCAGUUCCAGGACAUCUUAUUCAACCCCAAGUACCCCAUUGGUGCGGAUCAAUUCUUGAAGAGUUCGAACAAUUCAGUUUCUCCAUCAGCUUCCAUAACAGACAGCUCCAGCAUGACAUUGCAUUACGAAGACUAUAAGGGCCAUCUCAAGGUCUUCAGUGAAGAAGAUAUAAAGACUCUUAGGCGCAUUUCAGAAAUAUUGACCUCCAGAAACGAAUUGGCGGAUUGUGUUCAGAUGUAUGUCGAGCGUCGAAAGGACGUGGUCAACACGUUAUUUAUGAGACUCCGUGAGAAAUUGAAUGUACAAACCGUCUGUCAUUUUAAUUGCUUGGAUGAGUUGAGUGACAAAAUCAAUGGAUGGAUACAAAUAGCCAAGUUUUGCAUAGCCACCAUUUUUAAAUUAGAAAAGUGUUUUUAUGAGCAAAUAUUUGGAGACCUGGGAACAUCUGAGGAUACUGCUGCUAACGGCCGUUUUGUGUCCAUAGUAGUAGGGGCUGCGGCCGAGUUGUUUGAGUUUCCAGACUCUCUAUUAGCCCGCCGCCGAUUGCCCCAGAGACCAGACAUUUUGAUGCCCUUUUGUCAAGAACUCACCAAUCUAGUUCCACAAGUGAUUGUAUAUUUUGACCAAGAUGUACAACCGGCGAAAGCUAUCUGCGGCCUUGCCACUGAGAUUUUGCUCCGACUGAAACAGCAAAUGACAAAGAUCCUUUCUGUUACAGAGAAACAUGUUCUUCGUGAGCUUUCGACGAUGCCAUUUCCUGGGGGAGGAAUUCACCCCUUAACUAGACACAUAAUUCGUCACAUUGACCUGAUUUAUGUUCACAGGAAAUCCUUAAAUGACUUGGUGGCUAGACCCCAAAGCUCCAAUGAUCGAGAUCCUCCUGAAGUACUGGGUUCACAUGAAAUGGAUGAAAGGCCAAUUUCCAUAGAGAGCCAUCUAACUCGAGUCAUCGAGUUUUUACUGUAUAACUUGAAAUUCAAGUCCAACUUCUAUGGACAAGAAUCUCUAGGUUGUUUGUUCAUGAUGAACAAUGUUAACUCUGUUUCUGAGAUGAUUAAAAGUUCCGAGGAGUUGGGAGAACUUAUUGGCACUCGCCUGCGGAUGAAAUUAAGAGAAAAAAUGGAGCUGGCAAGGACUGAUUAUCUCCAUACAAGUUGGGGCGAAGUCUGCGAUUUUUUGAAAGGUAAAGGAUUAAAAUCACAUUCAAAUUUUGAUUUCUUUCCUGGAAGGUCUACGAGAGCUGUGAAAAAGAAGUUUGGGACCUUCAAUCGUAUGUUUGAAGAUAUACUUCAGACUCAAGAAGGAUGGAUGGUACCAGAUCAGCAGCUGCGGAUGAAACUUCUUGAAUGCAUAAUGGUUAAGCUGAUUCCGGCCUACAAUCAAUUUCUUGAGCAGUUGAGCCGAGUUCACAAAGUGAAGAAUCUGAAUGGGUACAUAAUAUAUUCUGUCAAGGACUUGGAGACCAAGGUGCUAACUAUGUUUCAGAAUGAGUAUUGA